AUGACAAAGUCAAUUUACAUUCCGAAAGGAGUGUCAACUCGUGCGUUGUCUCGUGAUAAUCGAUGGGACUACACUGCAAAUAAGGAGAUUACUGUCGGAUCCCAUGUGACUGGAGGAGAUGUGAUCGGAUCUGUACAAGAAAAUCUACUGAUCAAACAUAAAAUUAUGAUACCACCAAACUCCUGCGGUACCGUUACUUACGUUGCCCCGUCUGGUCAAUACACUAUCGAAGAUGUGCUGCUUGAACUGGAGUUCGAAGGUAACAAAGAAAAACUCACGAUGCUUCAGAUCUGGCCCGUACGAAAGCCCCGUCCAUGUGCUGAGAAACUUGCUGCCAAUUUCCCGCUGCUGUGUGGACAAAGAGUGUUGGAUGCACUUUUCCCAUGUGUACAAGGAGGAACCACGGCAAUUCCCGGCGCCUUCGGCUGUGGAAAGACUGUAAUCUCCCAAUCCCUGUCCAAAUUCUCCAACUCCGAUGCCAUUAUCUACGUCGGAUGCGGUGAGCGUGGAAAUGAAAUGUCUGAGGUAUUGCGAGACUUUCCUGAGCUGACUAUGGAAGUCGAAGGAGUCACAACCUCAAUCAUGAAGCGAACAGCUCUGGUAGCAAACACUUCCAAUAUGCCUGUAGCUGCUCGAGAAGAUUCCAUCUACACAGGAAUCACCUUAGCCGAAUACUUCCGCAAUAUGGGGCUACACGUUGCUAUGAUGGCUGACUCAACGUCCCGUUGGGCAGAAGCCCUUCGUGAGAUUUCUGGUCGACUGGGUGAAAUGCCUGCCGAUUCAGGGUACCCGGCUUACUUGGCUGCUCGAUUGGCUUCCUUCUAUGAACGUGCUGGCAAGGUGAAAUGCCUUGGAAGUCCCGAACGUGAAGGAUCGGUCACAAUUGUCGGGGCUGUGUCACCUCCUGGUGGUGACUUCGCAGACCCGGUUACUUCCGCUACCCUAGGUAUCGUGCAGGUGUUCUGGGGUUUGGAUAAGAAGUUGGCUCAACGAAAGCAUUUUCCUUCAAUCAACUGGUUGAUCUCCUACAGCAAGUAUAUGCGAGCUUUGGAAGAGUACUACGAGAAGACAUUCCCUGAAUUCGUGGCACUGCGAACAAAGUGCGCUUGGUGGCUUGCGUCUCCUCUCGGCUCGGCUGCUUGA